CCCGUCCUCCUAUAGCUCCUCCCACCAGCCUCCUCUGGUGGAAAUGUCUAAUUAUUUUGUAUAAAGGGAUAUGUGAAAGAUAUUUUCAUAAACCUCAAGACAUUUUUCCAUAAUAGCCUAACCAUGGAUAGGUGGAUGUGGUUAUCCAGGUAUCUGGGGCAUGGAACACGAACAAGGAAGUAACGCAACAUGUAAAACAGAGUGAGAUGAUUGGUAUCAGUCACCUCAGUAGAUGGAGAGCAUUUCAGCCUCUGCUCUAACAACUCUCUCUUACUUAGAAACCAACAAUGUUGUUUCUUGUGGUGAUGGUGUCAUUUCACCUGGUGAAACAAAGUGACACAUGCUCCUCUUUACCACGACUGAGCCUGGAUGGAGACUACAUUGUGGGGGGACUAUUCCAGCUGCAUGAGAAGUAUGGAGGGACUGGUCCAGCGACUGACACUGAAAACAGAAAACCUGAGGUGCUUCAAUGUCACAGGUUUAAAUUUUCCUCAGCAAGCUACCAGCAGAUUCAAGUCAUGAGGUUUGCUAUUGAAGAGAUCAACAACUCCACAUUGCUGUUGCCUGGUGUCAGCCUGGGCUAUGAGAUUUUUGACUACUGCUCUGACUUGCUCAGUUAUGGGGCUGCUCUGGAAUUUCUGACCCAAAAGGGAAGAGGAGCCAUCCCCGUGUGGAACGGUACAAACUACAGACCUAAAGUCAUCUCAGUCACUGGCCCGUUUGGAAGCAGCCAAACCAUCAGUGUCGCCCCUCUGUACAUGUCUGAGAUGAUUCCAAUGGUGACUCAUGGGGCAACAAGUGUCCAACUGAGCUCAAAAAACAGAUUUCCCUCCUUUUUCCGAACCAUUCCCAGCGACAAAUAUCAGGUGGAGUCUAUAGUCCGUAUACUCCAACAGUUUAACUGGAACUGGGUGGCUUUCAUCGGUGGUGACAAUGACUACAGCAGAGAUGCCUUGACAGUUUUUCAGGAUAAGAUUAGACCAGCUAACAUCUGUUUGGCGUACCAAGACACCAUUCCCCAAAACCAAUCCUUAAUAGGGCGUCUAUUCAACAACAUAGCCAUGUUCAAUGUCCAGGUUAUUGUAGUCUUUGCCAAUGUGGAGUUUGUCAUUCCUUUCAUCCAAAAGGCCAUAGAUCUCAGAGUGAAGGAGAAGAUAUGGAUCGCUAGUGAGACAUGGUCCAUGAACCAAGAGUUGAUCAAGAAGAGUCAGAUUGAGAGGAUAGGGACGGUCUUAGGUGUCACUGUACGGAGGCACAAGGACCUGAGAGGAUUUGAUGAGUUCAUUAACAACACAGUAAAAUCCAGACAUGAGAAUGCAUGCACUGACAUGGACUUGAAGGAAAGAUGUGGUCAGAUUUGCUCAGACUGCAACUCCACCAGUGCCCAGACAAUUAUUGGAGAGGACCCGACAUACAGCUUUGUCAUCUACUCUGCAGUGUAUGCUGUGGCUCAUGCACUCCACAAUGUUUUGCGAUGUGGGACACGGAACUGUGCCAACUCAGAAUUCAUUGCUUAUCCUUACAUGGUCACUGAGGCACUAAAACAGGUCAAAUUCAAAUUGGACAAUCAAAGUAUAGAGUUUGAUGAGAACGGGGACCCACCGGCUCAUUACGACAUUGUACACUGGGACUGCAAAAAUAAAACAUGUUCUAAUGUGGACAUUGGCUCAUACCUUACCAACCCCACACCAAGCUUCCAUAUUAAUGAAACUCUCAUACAUUGGUUUGAGGGCACAAAGGCUCCAGUUCUGCAGUGUUCUAGUGAGUGUAAAUCUGGCUCCAGAAGAGUUCAAACUGGCUUCCACACCUGCUGUUUUGAGUGUGAGAUCUGCUCUGAUGGAAAGUACAUCAACCACACAGCCGAUCCCUACAGCUGCAUAGCAUGCCAAAAGGAUGAGUGGGCCAGGAAUGGCAGUACCUCAUGCACUAAGCGCUCUAUAGAGUAUCUGCAUUCUGAUGCUCCGUUGGCCAUUUUUCUGAUGUUCCAGGCCAGCUCCAUCAUCCUCAUCUCAAUGGCCAUCUUGGUUCUGUUCCUUUGUAAGAAGGACACCCCUGUGGUAAAGUCAGCUGGUGGGAGGCUCUGCUUCUUCAUGUUGUGUUGCUUGUCCAUGUCCUCUAUCAGUGUCUUCCUCCACAUCGGCAAACCCACCGAGGCCAUCUGCACCGUACGCAAUUCUGUGUUUGUAGUCUUCUAUGUGGCCUGCCUGUCCUGUCUCGCUGUUCGCUCCUUCCAGAUUGUCUGUAUCUUCAAAAUGGCCGCCAAACUGCCCAAAGCGUAUGAUUUCUGGGUCAAGCAUGGUGGUCAGUGGAUCACUAUUAUCACAACCACUGUCAUAAUGCUGUUUCUGUGCAUUUUGUGGAUAGCCAUUGAAGGACCCAAGCCCAAUCAGAUAACAUUGUAUAGCGAGAUAAUUUUGGAUUGCACAUAUGGAGUCAUCCCCAUCUUUUAUGUGAUAGUACUGUUUGCCGUUUUGCUGGGUAUUGCAUGCUUUAGUUUUGCCUACAUGGGAACUGACCUGCCCAAAAACUACAACGAGGGUAAAUCUAUCACUUUCAGCUUGCUUAUCUUCUUCAUCUCUUGGGUCAUCUCUCUGACGGUGCACCUGUCUACCAAAGGAAAGCACACACUCUCUGUCAAUCCUUUCUCUGUGCUGUGCAGUCUGUAUGGUAUACUCUUUGGUUACUUCUUUCCUAAAUGCUAUAUCAUUAUCAUUACACCUGAGCGUAAUACAGCAGCCUAUUUUCAAACUGCAAUCCAGAGUUACACACUUCAACCUAGAUAAUGUACAUAUGUUGAGACAUAUUGUUGUGUGGCACUAGAACUGCCAGUUAGUCCUGUGAUGUUUCUUUUCAGUCAAUAUCUAUAUUUUUUAAUCCCAUACUGUUUUCCUCCAUUAAAGCAUUUGAAUUGUUUUCCCAUUAAUAAAACACUUUCUAAAUU